CGUCGCUGGGUGAAAAGUUGAGAAAAGGCCAAACAGAAACAGAAACAGAAACUGAAACAGAAACAGAAAACAAAGUAGAAAACUUGACAGCCAUUGGAAACAGCAGUGAAUGUGCAUUUUUUUAGUGAAGUGUUGAAAGCAAACAUACAUAUUUCGUAUUCAUAAACGAGACGAAAAGGGAGAACGCGUGAAAGCCCCUAAGUCCUAUGAAAGACUCGAUGAGCAUACUCACCCAAACGCCCAGCGAGCCAAACGCAGCGCAUCCCCAGCUGCACCACCACCUCAGUACGCUGCAGCAGCAGCAGCAGCAGCAUCAGCACCACCAGCAGCACCACCACCUCCACUACGGCCUGCAGCCACCGGCGGUGGCGCACAGCAUCCAUAGCAGCAGCACCAUGUCCUCCGGCGGCAGCACCACCACCGCCUCGGGCAUCGGCAAGCCCAAUCGAUCCCGCUUCAUGAUCAACGACAUUCUGGCGGGCAGUGCGGCGGCCGCUUUCUACAAGCAGCAGCAGCAGCAGCACCACCACCACCACCAGCAGUUGCACCACCACAACAACAACAACAACAAUUCGGGCUCCAGCGGCGGCAGCAGUCCCGCUCACAGCAACAGCAACAACAACAACAACAACAGCAUCAAUGGCGACAACUGUGAGGCAGCCAAUGUGGCAGGCGUCGGUGCCCUGCCAACCGCCCUGCACCACCCACAACCGCAUCCGCCCACGCAUCCGCAUCAGCAUCCGCACACACAUCCGCAUGCGCUGAUGCAUCCGCACGGCAAGCUGGGCCACUUUCCACCCACCGCCGGCGGCGGCAAUGGGUUAAACGUGGCCCAAUAUGCGGCGGCCAUGCAACAGCACUAUGCCGCUGCUGCUGCCGCGGCUGCUGCGCGCAACAAUGCAGCUGCUGCUGCUGCUGCGGCCGCCGCUGCUGCUGCUGCUGCAGCUGCGGCUGCUGGUGUGGCCGCACCACCCGGCGACGGUGGGGCGGAUGGCGGGGUGCCACCGGCGGGCGGCGAUCUGGACGACAGCAGCGAUUACCACGAGGAGAACGAGGACUGCGACAGCGGCAACAUGGACGAUCACAGCGUUUGUAGCAAUGGCGGCAAAGAUGACGAUGGCAACAGCGUCAAGAGCGGCUCCACCAGCGACAUGAGCGGUCUGAGCAAGAAGCAGCGGAAGGCGCGUACCGCCUUCACGGACCACCAGCUGCAGACGCUAGAGAAGUCCUUCGAGCGGCAGAAGUACCUCAGCGUGCAGGAGCGCCAGGAGCUGGCCCACAAGUUGGACUUGAGCGACUGCCAGGUGAAGACCUGGUACCAAAACCGCAGAACCAAAUGGAAGCGGCAAACAGCAGUGGGUCUGGAGCUCCUCGCGGAGGCUGGCAACUUUGCGGCCUUCCAGCGACUGUACGGCGGAUCGCCUUACCUGGGCGCCUGGCCAUACGCGGCCGCUGCCGGCGCCGCCCACGGAGCCCCGCCCCACACGAACAUCGACAUCUAUUACCGCCAGGCGGCCGCUGCGGCCGCCAUGCAGAAGCCGCUGCCCUACAACCUGUACGCCGGCGUUCCGUCCGUCGGCGUCAACGUGGGCGUUGGUGUGGGCGUGGGCGUGGGUCCGGCGCCCUUCUCCCACCUGUCCGCCUCCAGUUCGCUGUCCUCGCUGAGCAGCUACUAUCAGAGUGCCGCGGCGGCCGCCUCCGCUGCGAAUCCGGGCGGACCGCAUCCGGUAGCGGCGCCACCUUCCUUGGGCGGCGGCGGAUCUCCGCCCAGCGGGCUGGUCAAACCGAUUCCGGCCCAUUCCGCAUCCGCCUCGCCGCCACAAAGGCCACCAUCGACGCUCAGUCCCACGCUGAAUCCGGGCAGUCCGCCAGGACGAUCCGUCGACAGCUGUUCCCAGUCGGAUGACGAGGAUCAGAUCCAGGUGUGAGCGUUACGCCGUCGGCUGUGUGUGUGUGUGUGUGUGUGAGAGCGUGUGUGUGAGCUUAUCAUCUUGGCUUAUCAACUUGGUCUCAAAAGUGCGAAUAUCCAGGGGAUAUAUAAACUACAUGUUUGGGCUUUACGAAUUUAAGUUACAUAUCACUCGUUUUGUAAAUCUGUCGUAUUGAUAUGAUGUUAUUGUUUCAUAAAACAUAUAAGUUUACGUGGCGUUUAGGUUAUUUAGAUGAAUCAGAAGUGGCAGCAAUCUUGCACCAUAUCACACAUCCCUUUUGUGGUUCAAACUUUAGUACAAAUUUAAGUUUAAAUUUAACAAAAUUAUAUUUGGAGGCAUUUAUAAACUUACAAUCUAAACAAAUUAUUGUUUUAGAUCAUAGAGAACAGCACAAGUGUGUUCAGUAUUUAAAACAAAACCAUGGAAACUUGGUAAAAAUUAUAAAAAACAUUUGUCCAAGUUCAAUAUCCCCAAGAAUUCGCGUUUUUGAACCAGAAGUUAAGCCACGCUUGUGUGUGUGUGUGUGUGUGAGUGUGUGCCUGCGUGUGUAUAUAUUCAUAGCUUUGUGUCUCUGUGUGUGUGCUUAAUUUAUUUGAUUUGCUCUUAGUAACUUAUUCGAAUUGUUUUUAAGGGUUUUUUUUUUUCAAUAUACGAUAAUGAAGUAGAAUUAAGCGAAUAUUUAUUUAAAUGUUGUAAAAACUAGCAGCCAAAAAAGCAAAAUAAUUUUGUAUAGUUAAGCCUAACCACGAAAUGUAUUAUCGAAUAAACCAAUUUUUUUUUUGUCGGUAGCCUAGAACCAUAAACGUUGUAACUGUAAAAUGUAAAGUACAUU